AUGGGCAACUUUAUUAGUUGGAUCAACAAGAACAUUCCCGCUGACCAGAACAAUGGCAGUGGUCAAUCGGACUCGACCAACAAGCCUCAGUCCGUUUGGGGCAUGAUCGACACUUUGAUUCCUGUACUCAUUGUGUCGGCCAUUUACCUCGUUCUCUUCUUGAUAUUUAGAAGAUCCCAACGCAGAUUUUACGCGCCGCGUACAUAUAUAGGCGGGAAACAUGAACGGAGUCCAGAAAUGCCGAGUGGAUGGUUCAACUGGUUUGGCGCUUUUUGGAAGAUCCCCGAUGCCUAUGCCUUGACACACCAAACUCUCGACGCCUACCUCUUCUUGCGCUAUCUAAAAGUCUGCACCAUCAUCUCAUUCGUCAGCUUGUGCAUCACCUGGCCUAUUCUCUUCCCUAUCAACGCAACCGGCAAGGGGGGCCAGUCUCAGCUGGAAAUUCUGUCCUACAGCAAUGUGAGCGUGGACAAGUCAUCAAAUUACUUCUACGCCCACGCCUUGGUCGCAUGGGCUGUGUAUGGCUUCCUCAUGUACAUGAUCACUAGAGAGUGCAUCUUUUACAUCAACUUGCGCCAGGCGUACCUUCUCACUCCUCACUACGCGAAGCGUAUCUCAGCUCGUACCGUCCUUUUCACAGCUGUUCCCCAGGACUAUCUCGACGAGGCAAAAAUUCGCCAAAUGUUCAACAAUGCAGUCAAGAACGUUUGGAUUGCUGGCAAUACCAAGAAAUUGGAUGAGAAGGUCGAAGAACGUGACAAGGUUGCAAUGAAGCUCGAAAGCGCCGAGGUCAAGCUGAUCAGGGCCGUCAAUGCUGCUCGAACCAAGGCGAUGAAGAAGGGCGGCAACACCGAUGAGACUGAGCAGGACACAGAAACCGCCAAUGUCAUAUCUAGAUGGCUGCCCGACAAGAAGCGACCCUCGCACCGCCUUGGGCCCUUGGGCCUGGUCGGCAAGAAGGUAGAUACUCUCGAAUGGUGCCGCUCAGAACUGGAAAAGAACAUCCCAGAGGUUGAGAAGGCCCAGCUUGCAUGGAAGCAGGAUGGAAACUUUGAAAAGGUCGGAUCACUCUUUGUUGAAUUCCACACCCAGGCCGACGCACAGGCUGCCUUCCAGGUCAUCACUCAUCACCACGCCCUUCACAUGAGCCCCAAGGCGAUUGGUGUGAAGCCACAGGACGUCAUCUGGAAGAACUUGUCUAUUCCGUGGUGGCAGCUCAUUGUUCGCCGUUAUGCAGUAUAUGCCAUUGUCGCGGUUCUCAUCAUCUUCUGGGCGAUCCCCGUCGGUAUCGUUGGUAUUAUUUCUCAAGUGUCGACGCUCGUCAAGCUCCCUGGGCUGGGCUGGCUCAACGACAUUCCCGAGAAAAUCCUCGGAGUCAUUUCUGGUCUUUUGCCAGCUGUUGCCAUUUCCAUUCUCAUGUCAUUGGUUCCAGUGAUUAUGCGUGCUCUAGCCCGUGUUGCCGGAUCCAAGACCAACACCGAGGCGGAGUUGUUCACUCAGAACGCGUACUUUUGCUUUCAGGUUCUCCAGGUCUUCCUCAUUCGAUCCAUUACGGAUGCUGCCUCCACGGCUAUUGUGCAGAUUGCUGGCGAUCCUGGCCAAGUCUUCUCAAUUUUGGGUAGCGCGCUGCCCACCACUUCCAACUUUUACAUCUCUUACUUCAUUGUACAGGGACUUACAAUUGCUAUUGGCGUUGUCACCCAGGUCGUUGGGUUGUUCAUCUUCAGAAUCUUGUACAAGUUCCUCGCGGGCACUCCUCGAGCGAAGUACACCAAGUGGACUACUCUCACUGCCAUUCUCUGGGGUAGUCUCCUGCCCGUCUACACCAACAUUGUGGUCAUUAGCAUUGUCUACUCUGUUAUCGCACCUCUGAUUCUGUUCUGGUCCACCCUCGGACUGUUCAUGUUCUAUCUUGCUUACCGAUACAACCUUCUCUUCGUUUCCGAUACUGCCGUCGAUACGCAGGGUUUGAUCUACCCGCGAGCCCUUAAGCAGCUUUUCACUGGCAUCUACCUCGGUGAGAUUGUCAUGAUUGGCAUGUUCGCUGUGGUCAAGUCACCCGGCCCAGCUGUUCUCAUGGCUAUUUUCCUCGUCUUCACCAUCCUCUUCCAUAUCACCAUGACUAGAAGCCUAAGCCCGCUUCUUUACGGACUGCCGCGUACGCUUGAGACUGAAGAGGCUAUCAUUCAGACUCGUGGUGCUGAUGUCGACGCCGAGGUCGAUGACAAGGAGAUUAGCAACGGGGCUGGUGCAACCAAUGGUGCGGAUGGUGAUACAUCGGCCGCAAAGAAGACUGUUCCAGGUGGCAACGACUAUGGUGUUGAGAAGAAGGGCAACAUGUUUUCCCGGUUUUUUAAGCCCUGGAUUUUCUCCGACUAUGCUACGUUGCGACACAUGGUUCCUCAGGAGCAGAACAUCAACUUUGCGCAGCUCCAGGAAAUUGGCGAGGCAAACGAGCGCAACGCGUACUUCCCACCCAGUGUCAACAGCCAGCCUCCCCAGCUCUGGAUCCCCAGAGACCCGCUUGGUGUAUCGAAGCACGAGAUUGCCCUGACGAGCAAGGUCAUCCCCAUCAGCGACAAGGGUGCGCACUUGGACGAGAAGAACAAGGUUGUCUGGUCCGAGGAUUUGACCAACGAGGAGGAUUUGCCGCCUAUUCACGACGAAAAGGUCUACUACUAA